AUGAAAGAAUUAUUGACAAGAUUACGACUUUUGACCCGUCAUGCGUUACGAAAAAUUACACAGGAGCCUAGAGAAUUUUUGUUAUCUUUCUUGCUUGUAUUAUUGUUUCUGUUAUUUGUGCAAUAUUGGUUGAAAUGCACCGAUGAAUGUUUGGACGUGGUUGUGGAAAUUGCUCGUCAGCUAGGAACAACGAUGGAAGGUAAUGCUGAUUUUGUUAUAUGUUCGACAAUAUUGAAAUUUAUACGUGCACUGGAGGGUUUGCAAUACGAGUCUGCAUUAACAAAGUUAUUGCAUAGAACAUUAGUACCGAAUAGAAUGGUGUUGGGAUCAAGUUUAUCUUGGUAUUGCAAUGAUUUGUAUUUUACGAGUAUAAAAUAUACAUUGACGGGUAAAGUGCGUCGUAAAGUGUACGGUAUUAAUACUUAUGAUGUGGCAAUGGUUGAUAUAACUGUGCGUACAACAUAUCGAAAGAGAUUAAGUGUACCCGUAACGUUUAUAACAAGAAAUGUGCUUUUUGAAGAUUUAACGCUUUGUGAAUUGUUAAAUGACGUACUUCUUGAAACAUUAUAUGAUGGUUCUAAGAAUAUAUGGGAUAUUAUUAGAAUGGUUGCAAAUCAAUCAAAAGUUUUUAUAAGUUUUACAUUACUAGAGGAUAUUUUGGCUGAUAUACGACGGUAA